ACAGAGAGCAUAAAUAGGACCUGCUCCCCGGCCGUUACAACGACACAGCUACUUAGCUAGCUAAUUAGCUAGCUCACAGAGCUCCGGACUUCAUUGUCCACAAAAAUCGUUAACAUUUAAUGAUUUUAUUCGCCACAAACUGCAGUAUAUAUGUAGCGAAUUAGUCGUUUUCAAUGGCGUUCAAUGGCCACCAACGCGACGACGAGAGUAUCGACGAAGACGAAACGCCCACGAAGCAGCCGCGCUCCGACAAGGAGAUGCCCGGUUAUUUCAGAAACGAGCCCAACAAUGAGACGGCCGCGCCCGCAGGAAGAGCCACCUCCGACCGGCGGACCUCCAACUCGACGUCCAGACAUCGGAGCGACUCGGUGAAGAAAACAAGGCCGCCAUUUCCCUGGUUUGGGAUGGACAUCGGAGGCACCCUGGUGAAGCUGGUGUACUUUGAGCCCAAAGACAUCACAGCCGAGGAGGAGCAGGAGGAGGUGGAGAACCUGAAGAGCAUCCGGCGCUACCUCACCUCCAACACCGCCUACGGUAAAACGGGUAUCAGAGACGUGCACCUGGAGCUGCAGGACCUGACGCUGUGCGGCAGGACGGGCAACCUGCACUUCAUCCGCUUCCCCACGCACGACCUGCCGGCCUUCCUGCAGAUGGGCCGCAACAAGCACUUCUCGAGCCUCCACACCACCCUCUGCGCCACGGGAGGGGGCGCGUACAAGUUUGAGUCCGAUUUCCGCACGAUGGCGGACCUGCAGCUUCACAAGCUGGAUGAGCUUGACUGUUUGAUACGGGGGGUGUUGUACAUCGACUCAGUGGUGACCGGCGGACCCUCGGAGUGCUACUACUUUGAAAACCCCACCGACCCAGAUCGCUGCAUCCAGAGGCCCUACACACUGGAGAACCCCUACCCGCUGCUGCUGGUCAACAUAGGGUCUGGGGUCAGCAUCCUGGCCGUCUACUCUGAGACCAACUACAAACGAGUUACAGGGACCAGCCUCGGUGGUGGGACCUUUUUGGGACUGUGUUGCCUGCUGACCGGCUGCUCUACGUUCGAGGAAGCUCUAGAAAUGGCUUCACAAGGGGAGAGCACUCGAGUGGACAAGCUGGUCCGGGACAUCUAUGGAGGAGACUAUGAGAGGUUCGGGCUGCCAGGCUGGGCUGUGGCCUCAAGUUUUGGCAACAUGAUGUCCAAAGAGAAGAGGGAGUCGGUGUCCAAAGAGGACCUGGCCAGAGCAACACUGGUCACCAUCACCAAUAACAUUGGCUCCAUCACCAGGAUGUGUGCUCUCAAUGAGAACAUAGAGCGAGUGGUGUUUGUGGGGAACUUCCUGAGAGUGAACACGCUCUCCAUGAAGCUGCUGGCCUACGCCAUGGACUACUGGUCCAAAGGACAGCUGAAGGCACUUUUCUUACAGCACGAGGGUUACUUUGGAGCGGUUGGAGCCCUGUUAGAGCUUCUGCAUCCGUCCUAAUCCGUCCGAACUACAUCCAAAGAAGCACCUGUCAAUCUGCUGCAGAGACCAUUAGCACUUUAGACUGUCCAGAGGUAAUUCCACUGUGGGCCACUUACUGGUAAAUUUUGGUUGCGGCAGGCAAUCUGUCAAACAUUUGGAGGUCUUUGGUUUGAAAAUUGGUGAAAGUGUCUUUUAAAUUUCGAUUCACAUCUCUUGUCGUGGUCGGUGGAUAGAAGUCUGUUUCCUGCACGGACCAAAGCUGUAUGCAGCAAAGUCAUUGUUUGGAGAAAAAAAGCCAAGUUUGGUCUGAAACAUCUCAAGGAAAUUCACCACGGAUGCCUGAAAUACUCGGGUUAAAAAGUACUCGUUAACACAUAGUCUAGUUUUGUGAACUUCAUUUACCCUCAGUGGGUAUCAGGUCCUGGGCCAAAUAUUCCUUUUUAGGUUUUACUUUACUCUACAUUGGUACCAGUUGGAUGGUUGAAUUUAUUGGUUGUGGAUUUUUAAGAAAGACACAGGAAAGAUGUUACUACUAAAGCAUAAUUCAUUUUUUAUGUCCUUAAUGUGUUUUAAUUUGUUGUAAUGUCUAUAAACGUCAGAAAAUGGAUAAAAAUGCCCAACUAAAGUUUCUAGAACCAAAGAUUACCUCUGUUUUUGUCCCAAAAGCAAGUCUAAACCCAAAUAUAUACAUUUUUACUAUCACAAAAGAAAAAGAAAUGUAGGAAAUCUUCAUAUUUGAAAAGCUGGAACCUGGUUUUUUUUGUUGUUGACAUUUUUGUGGUUAUG